AUGUCGAAACCAACUGAUAUUCUGAUCGAGAAACUCAAACUGCAAUGUCUCCUUCGCGAGAAAGUGUUUGUAACAUGGAAAGAUCAAUCAGAGAUUUUGUUAGUUAUUCCUCCAAACGCCGAUUUCGCAAAUAGUUCUAGAUCUCAUUUAAUGUCGGAUAUCGAUAGUUUGUCUCGCCUUGACGCUUCUGCUAUUCACGAUACUGAAAUCAGCGAUUCAAUACAAGUUCUCUGUAUACAAUUCGAUCUGGAUGCAAAAGGGUUUGUCGUUAUGAAGAAGAAGAAGACUGCUGCAACUAUUAAGGCUUAG